AUGAAGAAGGAAUCACGACCUAUACGGCCUUCACAGUCCCAAACAAAAAUAUUAGAAAUAUAUGAACAUAACAUCACCGAAGAUGAAUUGUUUGAAAUAUCUAAAGCUACCCGAGGAUUUGUUGCAGAAGACUUGGUGAAACUUUGUUUAACAGCAAAAUUCACAGUGAAUUGCGAUUCGAGGAGUGUUAUGGACAUUGGUGAUUUGAAAUUUGCUCUGAAGGAUUUUACACCAAGUGGUACGAAGGAUUUUCAUGUAGAGAUACCUAAUGUAAAGUGGUCUGAAAUAGGGGGCCAGGAAGAAUUGAAAAACCUUUUGAAAAAGAAUAUCGAAUCCUGUAUAUUACACCCUGAAAUAUAUGAGAGAUUCGGAUUAGUACCCCCAAAAGGAGUGCUUAUGCAUGGUCCACCAGGUUGUUCCAAAAGAACUAUAGCUAAAGCCCUGGCUACUGAAAGUGGUUUCAAUUUUGUUUCAAUCAAAGCUGCUGAAUUAUUGGACAAAUAUGUUGGUGAAUCUGAAAAAGCUGUUAGAGAUCUAUUCAAGAGAGCAAGAAAAGUGUCACCUUCAGUUAUAUUCUUUGACGAAAUCGAUGCUAUUGCUUGUACGAGAGCAUCAGGAUCGGGAGAUUCGAAUAAGGUUCAAGAAAGAGUUACAAUGCAACUUUUUGCAGAAAUUGAUGGUGUUACACCUCUGAAGGGUGUGAUCGUUCUAGCAGCCACCAAUAGACGCGACAGACUUGACAAAGCUUUGUAUAGAGAUGGUAGAUUGAUGGCAGUAUCAGUUCCACUACCAGAUUAUGAAACUCGAAUGAAAAUUUUCGAGUUGAAAAUGCGCAAAAUACCUGUAAAAAAUAUAGAUAUCAAAAUGCUAGUUGUGAAUACUGAAAAUUGUUCUGGGGCCAAUAUUGAGGGAUUGUGCAAUAAAGCUGCGUUUAUAGCUCUAGGAGAGAAUCCAGAAUUUAAAUGUGUAACUAUGGAACAUUUCAAGAAGGCAUUAGGAACGGUGAGUCGAAGAAAAUUAACAUCUUCUUAUAAUGUAUUUAUUUUUAUAAGAAAUAUGUUUUUAAGAUUAUUUCAUGUUGAUAUUUGAAAUCAUUUUAGGAUAAAUAUUAAAUUUUAAUUGUUUUUUAAAAAGAAUUUAAUUUUGUAGUUUUGAACUCAUUCGUUUAACAAACAAUUUCGUGGUCAUAUUUUGAAAUUUCUAGAAUAGAUUAUAUUGUAUGUUUUUCUUUCCUUUGAAUUCCGAUUGAAGAUAUCAAUUAAUCUCAUAUGAGUGCAAACAUUUUGUUACAUUCUCUUUAAGAUUGUAUUUGAAAAGUUUUCAUUCGGUCGUCUGAAUUAAGAGUAGGUAUUUGAUUUCUUUCCAUAAAUAUAAAAGUAUAGUGAAUUCAAAAAGUUUAUGUAAAUUCAGCCAUUAUAUAAUCUAUUGUUAUAUAUAUAUAUAUGAAGAAAUUUGUGAGCUGAUCAUGUUCAAGUGAGGCAGCCUUUUUUUUUUGUUUUUUUUUUUAAACCUAUCGUUUACAAUUUGAAGUUAUCUCUGAGAAUUUUAAUGAAAAUUGUAUCUGAAUUUUGACUGUCGGAAUAUAAGGGAACUGGAAGAUUGAUAUUUUUUCUUUCCCUUGAUUCAUUUCAUUAUUAUUUUUUUUUUAUAUUUCUCUUGCCACCAAACAUACAUUCGGUUUUUACGUAUUUAGCCGAAGCCAUCUGCUCAUAUUUUCUUUCUGGAGAUUCACUGAAUGAAAUACGUUGGCGCCCUUUAAAACAUCGUGAACCCACGCCGUCUUCACUGACAGCUGACCGCGGAAAUCAUAGUGAAGCUCUUUUUUUUUGCA